AGAUUGAACGUUUACGUCAAAUCUUGGGCUUACCCGAUGGGCUCAGCGAGUUCCCUGCGAUGCCCCUGCCAUUGGCACCGGAGAUCAUGGUGUGCGGUAUAAAGCCAGAUAGUGCCUACAUGUUCAAGAGCGCGCUGAUGCCCUUACGCCUCACCUUCAAGACAGCCGAACUGAAUGGUACAGACUAUACGUUCAUUGAGUCCAUAUCCGUUGCGGCGGUGCUGGAUGGCGAGGGCAGCGUACAAAACUUUUUUAGAAAGUACAACUCAGACACCGCCGGACCGUACGGGAUCAAAGCAGAAGUCAUGGACACAUACAUUCGCAGUUGUGCGGGGUACUGUGUGAUAUCGUACAUCCUUGGCAUUGGCGAUCGGCAUCUGGACAAUCUGAUGCUCAUGACUGAUGGCCAUCUGUUCCAUAUUGACUUUGGGUAUAUUUUGGGCCGAGAUCCGAAGCCCUUUGCACCUCCAAUGAAGCUGACCAAGGAGAUGAUUGAGGGGAUGGGAGGCGCCACCUCAGCCGAGUACAAGAAAUUCACAUCCAACUGCUACAACGCAUUCCUGAUUCUGCGCCGGUCUGCGAAUCUUAUUCUGAAUCUGUUCAAUCUCAUGACGACGGCCAACAUCCCCGACAUCGCUGCGGAACCAGACAAAUGCGUUGCCAAGAUUGAGGAACAGUUCCGCUUAGACUUGAACGAGGAGGAGGCCGUUGCCUAUUUGCAAACAGUUAUCAAUGAUAGUGUGGGGGCGCUCUUUCCCCAGAUGGUUGAGCAGAUACACAAGUACAUGCAGUACUGGCGAAAGUAGUACCAAUAUUGGAUUAAUAAGUUCAUGUAUACGUAGUAACUCGCGUACAAUAUAGAUAAAGUCGGGAACUUGGAAGAGUCCACUUUCCAACCAAAGGUCACACAGAAGCAGCUACUAGUUUCGGUCCUAGACGUCCAUUUCGGGUUGACACAAGAUCUAAAACCUAAAAAUCGGAGUUAGAAGAGGCCAUCUCUUAAUCACAUAGUUCGGCCGUACACAAACGGCUGCGAGACGGUCUCGUCGGCUGAGCAUAAAAAAUCGAUACACUUCGGAGAGUACAGGCCUAUGCAGUGUUUUAAAAUACUAUUGAUUGUGCAAAACUGGAGAACAUAACACAUAAAUUUUUGAG